AUGGGUUCUUCUUCUUCUUCAAAUUCAAUUACUCAAUUGCACUUAACAGAAGAUAUCUAUUCAGAAAUCUUUCUUCAUCUUCCUAUUGAUUCAAUCUACGAAUUCAGAUGUGUUUGUAAGGUAUGGUUUUCACUUCUCUCAGACCCUAAUUUCAUUAAAACCUGGAAUAAACUAAACCUUUCAGUAUGGACAUUGAUUUUAUUAGACAAACAACAUACCCAAGACAACUCAUUCAUAAGAUUUUUCACAUUUGCAUAUCCUAAAUUGCAUUCAGAAUUCAUAUCUCAUCAUCAUCAAAAUGGGUUUUCACUUGGGUUCUUGAAUCAGAAACAGAAUUUCAAUCAGAAUGUGAAUUUAGUAGAUGGAUUGUUCAUUAUAGGGUCAAGUAAUGGAUUGGUUCUCAUCACAACAGAUUUAUUUAAUCAGAAGAGUUAUUAUGUUUGUAAUCCACUCACUGAGAUAUGGGUUUUACUUCCUCCACCACCACCAAGAGAAGAUAAUUGGGUUGUGACUGGUUUCUUGUGUAAUGAUGAUGAAUGUUUUUCGAAAUCUACGAGUUAUAAGGUUAUCCAAAUACCACCUAUGUUUAGUGCAGCAAAAGAAUUUAAACUUGAAAUGUUUUCUUCUGAUCUGGGUGAAUGGAGUAUCUAUGAUGUUUCAUGUCCUCCGAAUGUUACUUGGGCCUUUGGAAAAUAUGACAAUCUUGUUGCACAUAAUGGUGUUUUGUACUGGUUUCAAAAGGAAAGUUGCAGAAUUUUAGCUGUCAGUGGUAACAGAAACAACGACAAGAACGAUGGAGGUUGUGGCAAUGAGGAGUGUAGAUUGAUUAGCUUGCCUGACCGAGUAAUGGAUGGCGCAGACAAGAAUAUAACACAAUGUAUUGGGGAAUCGGAAGGAUUCAUCUGUUAUACUAUAAUCAAGGAAACGGAGAGGACUUUGAGUGUAUGGGUGCUCCUGGAAGCAGGCUGGUAUUUGUUGCACAGAAAUAUCAUAUUUCAUGGUAUAUUGGCGGAAAUGGAAUCUCUGUUUAAUGGAGGAGCUGGUGCGAUUGAUCUGAUAAAAGGAAUUCAGGUUUUAGGCUUCAAUCCAGUUGACAAAAGUGUGGUUAUACUCGGUUGUAACAAGUACAUUUGGGCUGACAACACCAGAACCAAGGGAUAUGAACAACUCCGUCAUCCUUCUUUCUUGGGUAGCAAUAUUUCUGUUCUCAUUAUGGUUUCUUAA